UUCCUCGGCCCGCUACAUGAGCGGCGGGGCGAUGUGUGCGCCGCCGAGCGCCUUCUCCCUCCGCGGCGCCGCUAAUGCGCAAAGACGGAAGGCGCCUGCCGCAGUCGGCGCUGUCGGGCGUGUGGAGCGCGGAGGCGCCGGCCGCGGGAGGGUUGCAGAAUGAUGGGCAACAGCUCUGAAGCCUGGGUGGGAACUGCUUACCUGUUUGUGCGGUCGACGUCAAAAAAUGUCCUCCUGCCCGCACUCUAUGGAAGCCCCCAGAAUAAGCAGAGGGUCUUCAAGGCGUUCAAGCUGGCAUUUGCGGACUCCACUGGGAGCCUAAACGGGCUGGACGUGCUGAAGGUGCACUGCAGUGACCCCCACCUGAUCCUCCAGCUCAAAUUCUGCAAGGAAGAGAACUGCAGGAAGUUUCUACAAAGCUACCGCAUGGGAACCCUCCAGGACUCUCUCCAGAGACACCUCAAGGACUCCGUGGGCAGCGCCAUCCCUGUCCAGAUGGAGCUGAAAGCUGGCGCCGAGCAGCUGGACAGCAUGCUCCGGGAAGAAGAACGCUGCCUGAGCUGCAUCUUUCAUGAAAAGCCUAACCAUCUCAGGGAUGAAGAAAUUGCAAAGCUGGAGGAAUCCCUUAGAAGUCUUAGUUGUCACCCAGAAAGCAACACAGGAAAUCAGUAUUUGUCUUUGGAUUCUUCCCCUCCGUCUUUGGAUUCUUCCCCUCGGUCUCUGGAUUCUUCCCCUCUGUCUUACGGUUCUUCGGAGCUUUCAGGGUCUUGUGUGCAGGGAGAUGUCUUCACAUUCCAAGGGCAGCCAUUUGUCAACCGAAGGAUCACGCCGGACGACCAUCAGAAGUUUGCCAAACUUGUCUCGAAGAAAUGGAAGCAGGUGGGCCGGUCUCUGCAGGUGACUUGCCGGGCGCUUCGAGAUCCCGUCAUCGACAACCUGGCGCACGAGUACGAACGGGAGGGCCUGUACGAGCAGGCGUACCAGUUGCUGCGCAGGUUUAUCGACUCGGAGGGCAAGAGGGCCACCAUCCAGAGACUCAUCACUGCCUUGGAGGAGAACAGCCUCCUGAGCCUCGCAGAGGAACUCCUCGGGUUCCAGCAGAGGGACAGCCCGUCGUAGGGGCAACCCAAGCGAGCCGUCGGCCGAGCUGCUAGCUGCAGAGCCGUGCUGUGGGGAGACCCUUGCACCCACGAGUCUCGUGACUGCGCCUCAGUGAUUUGAUACCAAGCCAGUGCGGUUCUUCACCUGCAGCAGCUCCUCAAGAAGAACUCAUGGUGGAAAUGGACCAAAGGGCAUAACGAGCUUUAGUGCUGAACUGUGGCUGCUCUCGAGCAUCUUGUCUUCCAGGACCGUCUUGAGGACGAUGGACCGAUUUGAUGCAGCAGCUUCUGAAUGCCUUGCAGACAUAGUCGCCUCCCCCAACUCCCAAAAAGAUGGUGGGUGUAGGAUUAUGCGAAUGUGGCAGCAAUCUAAGAAUGUACUCCUAUCCUAGUUUAGACAGAAAGAUGGCCUACAACUCCCAGCCUGCCCUGGCAGUUGUCGGUGUAAAAUUGUGCCUUAAAUGACCGAGCAGGUUGUAAAGAAUUGACGAAGGCAUGUUCCCACAUCCAUUUGCAUCACUUGUUGACUGCAGGCUCAACCAGUGACGUGGGCCUGAAUAAGCCAUCCCUGGACAAGGACCUGGCUAGCCCAUCCUAUUUGCCUUAUGUAAACAAAAGCGGUCGCAGCAAAGCUCAAAGCAUGGAGGGCUCGGGGGUGCCUCCCCCGCCCUGAUUGCCCCGUCGUGACCAGGAAGGCCUGAAGACCCCGGGAUGCCUUCUGGGCAAGGCGACCGUCCUCGUAAGAAGGGCUGUGCCACUUCAGAUGUGGGGGCUUUCUAGUCCAGCAUUCUGCACCCACAGCAAUUUGUGGAAGACCCACAAGUGGCUUUCAGUCCAUAGCGCAUCCGGUCAUGUUUCCAAGUGACUGGUGUUCAUCAACACACUGCCUCCCAUACCAGAGAUGGCAUAUUGCCAUCAAGGCAAGUAGCCACAGAGACCUUCUCCUCCCUAAAUUAAAUUUGCUUAAUCCCCUUUUAAAGCCAAGCACAGCUGUGGCCAUUUCCUGCUGAUCAAAGAAAUUUGAUAGUUUUAAUUAUGCACAGUGUGAAGCAUGGCAUUCUUUGAUCUCUCUCGGAUCUCCCACCAAUCAGCUCAAUGGGGUGACCCACUGGGCUCUAGAAUUGAGAGAGACCUCUGCUCAUCCUCACCUUGCAUGGUUUUAUACCCCUUGACUCAGUCUUCCCGUACACCAUUUUUCUCAACAGUGCAGGAUGCUGCGAGCUCAUUGCUUCAGUUCCUCCACCGUGUCAGUUGCCCUUUUUCCUUCUCUGGGGGCCCUUCCAUGUUUUCUAUUUUGUAAUUGCUGCAGCAUCUAUGGAGUCCAGAACAUGGCACUUUUUAGUGCUGCCAGUUCAUACGCUUGGCUGGGGGUUAAACGGUUGACUAAAAUGUCUGGCAGCUGAACCAACUGAAAAUUUCAUUUUCCAGAAAAUUUUGCAUUUGAGGUGCUGGAAGAAUUUGCAGAGAAUACUAUAUCUGCAAUGGCUCAUUCGCACCUGAAAGUCUUCACCUGUUGCAGAGUUGAAAUUGCAGGUUCCAACCCGCCCAGGGUGGCCUUGAUACGAACACACAGGGUCAGUCGCUUGUGCUCCUUGCGGGAUGCAGAAGACUUUUCUCAGGGAAGUUCUACCUCCUCUGCACUUCCAUCAUUCGAUCUUUGUGUCGUCGUUUCUGCAUGCCAGAGCGCUUCCUCCUCGGACGUUUAUUCUGUAUUCACUGUGCUUUCUUCACUCACUCUUUAUGAGGCCUCCAUAUCGUACCAUUAUCAUCCUUUUGUGUUUGUCUAUUUUGAAACUCUGAAAACUCCAGCUUUUCCAGAAGAAUGAAAAGGAAGCAGGCAUCGUGCUUUACAGGCAGUCUUAGCAUGCUCCUUCCACCUUUCUUUUUAAAGGAAACCUGCCCCCGUUUAGUGCACACAGCUUCUGGGUUGGACUGCGGUUUCGCCGUUGCUAGAGAAGGUCUGGGGUGGAAAGCGUUGCGCUAGAGGCUGAACUAGUGGGCAAACCCAUUUUUGGUAUGUCCCUCGAUCAUGUUAGUACGUGAGAAGCCUGAAGGGGAGCGUGGGAAAGGUGGGGAGACCGUGCUGCAGUUUGUAUCUCACUCAUGUGAAUCACAGAAGUUUGUGUCCUCCUAACAUUUUAAACAGGUAAAAAUGCAAAAAACAAAACAAAAAUAGAGGUGAGUCUGAAAUUGGUGCCUGAUGGAGAACUUGUCCGUCAGAGCACAUGGUUGUGCUCAGUUGUCAUCAGGCCAUUUGCCUCUAUUUGUUGUCUGUUUUUUGGCGAUUUGGGUGCCUUUUUGCCAUUUAAAACCAGCAUGUUUGCUUCUUGGGCUUUAUUUUUGCUGAUGCACCUUUCCGAUCCAGCAGCACCUGCCCCUGAAUGUAAUGCCGCCAGGUGCUCUCAUCCACAAAGUUCUCAGGUCCCAAAGCCACCCUUAAAACAGAAAAUUUAUUUAGGAUGCAAUGCUAGAAAAGUUUAAACAGCAAGAAGGGCUACAAUUCCCAGCUCAGUCCAGCUGGCUGUAGGGCUUUCCUUAGGCAGGAUUGUGCCCUUAAUGCGAAAACUCAAAUAGGUGGAAAGACUAUUAGGGGAAAGUGAACGAAUGCAAGGUGGAAAAUGCUCUAAGAGAAAGCUGAGCGGGGUGGGUCCGCCAAAGGUGCGGUUUCGGCCAUGCACGUGGGUGGGGGCGCGCGCUGUCUCCCCUCCAAGCGGCGGCCUGGCCUGGCCUGCCUAGCCCUUGCCUGGGCAGUGACCGUCAAAUUUCAGGGAAGGCAGGAGAUGCCGAUACAUUUGCAAAACACUUUUUGUGCUGCACUGCAUCUGGAAUGUAGCUUUACACAGUAAUGCGUCUUCUGAAGUGCCAAGUCGAUGGAAAUAGCAGUGCGUUACUACAAGGACUUCCCUCUAAUAGGCACUAAUUUUAACGCAGCAAUUUGCAUCUUUUGAUUGUAUUGCUUUAUACAUUAACACUUCGCUUACCACGUGUACUGGUGAUUUUAGGACUGAUUUGUCUCUCUUUUUUCCUAUUUCAAGGUUCAAUAGACUCUCUAAAGCAUUUGCCAUACAAAUGCAGAAAUCAAAUAAAUGUGCCAAUUGGCGUUAAAAGAAA